AUGCUGGAUGCAUACUUUGAGCGAGUGGCGGGCGUGGCGGGUGCGCCCGUCGACUACAUCAAGCUGUUCUGCUGUCUUCUCUCCGCAUUCCCGCUCGCGUCCGCCUUUGUCCAUCUGCCCUCCCCCGCGCUCAAGCACGUGUACAGCAUCGCGGUCGCCUUCACCUUUCUCGUGCCCAUCCUCCACCUCUACUCGGGCUUCCUCCAGCUCCUCGCCUCGGCGCUAGUCACCUAUGCAAUCUGCUGGUUUAGGGUCGGCGGGAGGAAUAUGGGGUGGUUGGUGUUUGGUAUGCAGAUGGCGCAUCUGACGUACAACCAUGCCGUGCGCAAGUUUGGGGGCAUUCCGUUGUCGACGAUCGAAAUCACGGCCAUGCAGAUGGUGGCGGUGAUGAAUCUGACCACGUUUGCGUGGGACUGCUUCGAUGGUCAGGUGCGGAGCGAGGAGGAAUGCGACGAUGCGCAGAAGAAGACGAGGAUCACCAAGAUGCCUGGCCUGCUCGAGUUUUUGGGUUAUGCCUUCUACUUCCCGGGUGUGCUUGUGGGUCCAUCCACCAGGUUUUCGGACUACCGCGCAUGGAGCACGGGCGAGCUCUUCGGUGUCAAGGGAAACACCUCGAUGCCGCGUGGCCGCGUGGCUGCGGCGGUGCGUACGCUGCUGGUCGGCCUCGGCUUCAUGGGCAUCUACUCGAUCUUUGCGCCGGCCUAUUCGUACGAAAAGCUGAUCGGUCUGCAUGGCGGAUUGGGCCACUUGAAGUGGUGGCAGAAGCUCGGCUGGAUCCAGGUGGCCGGCUUCAUGGCACGUACAAAGUACUACGGCAUCUGGUCGCUCACCGACGGCGCAUGCAUCCUAUCCGGCCUCGGAUACAACGGCGUGCAGAACGGCAGGACCCGCUGGAAUAGGUGCAGCAAUGUGGAUAUCCCCAAGAUCGAGUUGGCCAACAACUGGAAGGAGCUCUUGGACCAUUGGAAUAUGAACACCAAUGUGUGGCUGCGCAACAACGUGUACAAGCGCAUCGCGCGCCCGGGCAAGAAGCCCGGCUUCAAAUCUACCAUGACCACGUUCUUUACUUCGGCAUUCUGGCACGGGCUGGAGCCGGGUUACUACCUCUCGUUUAUCCUGGCGGGAUUCAUGCAGUCGGCAGCCAAGAUGCUGCGUCGCCAUGUGCGACCGGUGUUUUUCGCACAGCCCAACGUGCCCAAUCCGACGUUCAGCAAUGUGCAUACGUUCAGUGCCGGUCAGCUGGCGUACUGCACCCUCAGCGUGGCAGUCUCGCAGGCGACGCUCAACUAUGCCGUGGCACCGUUUAUGCUGCUCGAACUGCGCGCCAGUAUCGCCGGUUGGAAGGCGGUGUACUUUUAUGGACAUAUCGUCACGGCUGUCGCCAUCCUCGCGUUCCAGAACGGGCUCGGCAAGGCGCUCGACAAGAGGAGCGGUCGCAGGAGGGCUAGGAAGGAGGAGGGCGCGGCGAGGAUGGCGAGUGGAUUUACCACCGAUGCCGACUCGGAUCGAGAGGAGCUUAGGAGGAGGAAGAAGAAGGAGGUCGAGGACGUGUCCGCCCUUGCUCCCGUGCCCGAUCCCCUGCCGGAGACAAAGUAG